ACCCGUCAAUUGCCCUCCUCCCCCCACUUUCAUUCGGUCCUGAAGUCAGGUCACGUGAUAACCAGAAUCAAGAUGGCGCUGUUUUGGGCGCAGUGUCGCGACUGUCGCACCAGCAGCAAGUUUUAUAGUAAUAAUAACAACAACAACACUAAUUACUGUCAACCGAUGACCGGUUGUCUUUCUCAUGUAUUACCUCUAUUACAGUUGUUGUUUUAAUUGUUUGGAACCCCAAAAAAAAAACGGAAAUUCAUUUUAUUUACUAUUUUUGCUUGUGUUUGAAAGUGUAUAAUUAUCAGUCAUGGCGAAGUGGACUGCUACAAAUGCCAACGAAAAAUAUGGAGUCGUGAUUUACAGCUAUCAUGGCACUGCAGAUAGGACUUUACCCCUCACUGUUGGACAAACUGUAUAUAUUGAAGAAGAAACAGAUGGGUGGUAUAAAGGUUACAAAAUUAAAAACAAACAUGAGAGGGGAAUAUUUCCAAAAACUUAUGUGUUCAUCAAAGAAGCCACACUUUCAGGAUGUCAAGAACUCAUUUACACAGGUGAACCACCAAUUGUUGCAGAGAUUACAAGUGUACUUCAAGAAUGGAGUAACAUAAUGUAUCAACUUUAUGAGAACUGUGAUGAAAAAUUCCUCGACAUCCGAAAUUCAGUACUAGAUUUAAUGGAAUGGCGGAGUAAGAUUUUAUCCCAAAAAAUGACUGUGGAUGAGUUACGUGAUUUGAAGCACAAAGCCACCUCUAAAAUCGAUUGUGGAAAUGUUUCCUUAAAGAUGGACCUUGUGGUGCGUGAUGAUGAAGGAAAUAUUAUUGAUCCUCAGAAAACCAGCACUGUAAAGAUUUAUCGUCAGCAUGUUCUUGCAGCUAAAAGAAUCCAAGAAAAUAGUCGAAAUUCCACUGAAGUAGAAGUGAAACCAUUAAUUCAACCAACAUUUGGAGUGUACGUGAUGUUGCGGAACUUUGUAUGUCGAAUUGGGGAAGAUGCAGAUCUGCUGAUGAAUCUCUAUGAUGAACAAACAGGAAACUUUAUUAGUGAAAAUUAUGUUGUGAAAUGGGGUAAAGAAGGAAUGCCUAAAGAUAUAGAUAUGUUGAAUAAUUUCAGAGUUGUGUUCACAGAUCUUGGUUCCAAAGACAGACAACGAGAAAAAGUGUUCUUAUUAUUCCAGAUAGUUCGAAUUGGUACCAUGGAUCCUCGGGAUAUGGAUAACAAAAAACAAACUCAAGGCUUACGGCGACCUUUUGGUGUUGCUGCUAUGGAUGUUACUGCUUUCAUUCAAGGCACACUUGAGUGCAAUGAAGACACACAGCAUUUUAUUCAUGUCCACAUGUGUGGUGAAAGAGAAUUUCUUGAAACUGUGAUAAAGAAAAUUACAAGUGGACGCGAAAGUGAUCAUAAAGGCCAAGGUGUGUGGGUUUCCAUUAAAGUGCUGGAAGGAGACUCACAACAGAUCUGGGAUGAUUACCCACAUUUAGUUUUACCUGGGACAGCAAUAUCUCGUAAAAUUGGCUUUCCAGAGGUUAUCAUGCCAGGUGAUGUUCGGAAUGAAAUUUACAUUACAUUAAUGCAAGGCGAAUUUAACAAAGGCUCUAAGACAUCAGAGAAAAAUGUUGAGGUGACGAUCCAAGUUUGCAAUCAAAAAGGAGGGAUACUUGAGAAUGUGAUAAGUGGCGGUGCUGGUGGUGAGAUGAUGUCAAGGUACUGUUCCUGUAUUUAUUAUCACGAAGACCGACCAAAAUGGUUUGAGACUGUGAAGGUUGCUAUUUCCACUGAAGAAGAAUUCCGAGGUCUUCAUCUGAAAUUCCUAUUUAAACAUCGUUCCUCAAGUGAAGGCAAAGACAAACUGGAGAAACCAUUUGCUAUGGCAUUCAUCAAACUAAUGAAUGAGGAUGGUACUACAUUAAAAGACACAAUCCAUGACUUGCUCAUCUAUAAAGCUGAAUCAAAAAAAGUUGAUAACUUCAAAGACUACUUUGAUUUCCCAUCUACACGAUAUGAGUUUGAAAAUUGCUCAAGCAGCUCUCUGAACAGCAGGUCCAGUUUACAAAGAGGUGGCCUUAUCAUCAGCACCAAAGAUUUUGUUCAGAUCAAAACAUAUGUAUGUUCAACAAAAUUAACCCAUAAUGUAAAUCUCCUUGGUUUACUAAAAUGGCAAGAAAUAUUAAAUGAUUCUGCUGCCUUAAAGAAGCAUCUAGAAGAGUUGAUGACUGUGGAUGGUGAAGAGAUUGUGAAGUUUUUACAAGAUCUGCUUGAUUCAUUAUUCAGUAUUUUAAUGCAAAACAACAAUUCAGAUACCUAUGAAAAUUUAGUGUUCACAUCUUUGACCCAUAUCAUCUCUCUAAUUUCUGAUCGAAAAUACCAGCAGUUCAGGCCUGUCCUUGAUACUUACAUUACAGUAACUUUCAGUUUUGCAAUGGCCUACAGUAAAUUAAUUGUUAUCUUGAAAGACUAUGUUGAUUCAGCACUUGAGUCCAAUCCUACACUUUUCAUUGCCAUGAAAUCCUUGGAGUAUAUCAUGAAAUUUAUAAUCCGAUCUCGCUUUCUCUUUUCUAUAAUCAAUGAUGAACGUGGCCGGGAACAGUUUGAGAUUAGUUUGAGACAGCUUUUUAUGUCCAUCAAUCAAAUGAUGGCUCACAAAGCUGACAGUACUAUCCUAGUUCAAGGUGCUGCAUUGAAAUAUAUUACAACCACAAUACCUGAUGUGAUUUCUGUAUUUAGUCCAGUUGAACUCAGUAAACUGUUGGUGUCAUUCUUUGAUGCCAUACCACCGAAUCGGCUGUCCAAUCAAAAAAUGCAAAGUAUUAACAACCUGGUUCACAGUAAACUAUUUGAGGAUAGUGCGUGCCGACAUAUUCUUCUUCCUAUGAUCUUGACUCACACUUCUGAGCUGCUAAACAACAAACGAGAAAUGCCAGAAUGUGCCAAUGUUCUCAGUGAUAUCAUGGACAGUUUCUACUGUACAAGAAAUGUUGAUGAUUUGUCAAUAAUGAUCCAAAAGAUAUUCAGAACUGUGAUUCAAACAAUUAUUCAGAUGGAUUGGAAUCAAAGUCUUGUGGGCAACUAUGUUGCGAUAAUGAUGGCCAUUCUCAGUCAAAUGACUCAGCAUCAUUACACUGUGUAUAUUAACAGCUUUGCAACACGCUUUGAUUUGCUUGAUUUCCUUACUGAAAUACUCAUGAUUCUACAGCAUUUAAUAACUGAGAAUGUCUACAAGAAUGACUGGAAUGAGAUGAUUUUGCAUCAAAACAGCAUCAUUCUUCGAGCCUUGAGGUUUUUUGCCACAACAAUAAAAAAUAGCUUUUCUGAUCCAUUUGAAUAUGAGCUAUGGAAUGGAUUCUUCUUCUGUGCAGUGUCAUUUCUUACACAAAAGCCAUUGCAACUGGAGAAAUUCUCUCUUAAUAAAAGAAGUAAAAUUAUAGCCAGAUAUAAAGACAUGCGACGAGAGAUGGGGUUUGAAAUUCGAAGCAUGUGGUUCAAAUUGGAUCAAAACAAACACCGGUUCAUUCCUGAUUUGGUUGGUAAAAUUUUGGAGAUGACACUUAUUCCUGAAACGAUUUUGAGGAAAGCCACUAUUCCAAUCUUCUUUGACAUGAUGCAGUGUGAGUUUCAGCAAAUCUCGUCAGAUGGACGAAACAUUAAAAACAAUUUUUCUGAGGUUGAAAACCAAAUAGUAACUCAGCUUGAUGUACUGGUUGAAGGUGGCUGUGGUGAUGAAGAAUACAUGGAACUUAUGUAUGAAAUCUUGAAAGAUUUAUUUGAAAAGCAUAAACAGAUGGCACAACAAGGAGAGAUAUUUGUUGAGAUGAUCCGUAAGCUACUACAACGGCUGUUACAGUAUAGAACAAUGAUCCAAGAUGAAGUUAAGGAUCAUAGAAUGAGUUGUAUUGUAAAUUUGUUGAAUUUUUAUCAUGAAAUUUGUCGUGAAGAACUAUAUGUUCGCUACCUGCAUAAACUGUGUGACCUGCAUUUAGACUGUGAUAAUUUUACUGAAGCUGCCUGUGCCCUCAACUUGUAUGCUAAUAUGCUUGAAUGGUCUGAUAAAUCAGUUCCACCUGUACUAAUGAGUCAUCAGUACCCUGAGUACCAGAACCAAUUAACACUGAAAGAGAGGUUAUAUUAUGACAUGAUUGAUUACUUUGAGAGAGGCAAGAUGUGGGAAAAAGGAAUUGAACUGUGCAAAGAACUAGCAAAUCUCUAUGAAAAUGAACUCUUCGAUUAUGAACACCUGAGUGAAUUACUGAAAAGGCAAGCUGACCUAUAUGUUCAGAUCAUGAAAACAUUGAGAUAUGCCUCAGAAUAUUUUCGUGUUGCUUAUUAUGGCAAAGGUUUUCCAUCUUUUCUUCAGAACCAAGUAUACAUUUACCGAGGGAAAGAAUAUGAAAGGCUUACAGACUUCAGUGCUCGUUUGCUGACAAUGUUUCCAUAUGCCGAAAAACUGACCACUUUAUCCACUCCAGGGGAUGAUAUUAAAUUGUCUCCCAAACAGUACCUGCAGAUUAAUGCAGUUACACCAUGUUUAGAUCUGAAAAGUCAAUUUAAGAACAAGACAGUGAGUGAAUCAAUCUUAAGCUACUAUAUGGUCAAUGAAGUCCAAAAGUUUACCUAUUCUCGACGAAUGGAUGACAAUGUCAAAGAUGUGAAGGACAUGUGGUUGGAACGCACAAUUUUAGUUAUAUCCCAUCCACUUCCAGGGAUUCUUCGCUGGUUUCCUGUUGUCUCUACUGAAGUGGUUGAAGUUAGUCCACUUGAAACUGCAAUUGAAACGCUAGAAACAACAAAUAAGAAACUUCAAGGACUUAUAGGCCAGCAUAACAAAGAUCCUAGUUUGAGGGUUGACCAGCUUACUAUGUUAUUGAGUGGAGUUGUUGAUCCUGCAGUUAACAAGGGCAUUCUCAACUACAAAGAGUUUUAUUCCGCUGAAUUCCUAAUGAACCAUGAAAAUGACAAAAAUACUGUUGACAUGAUUUCCAGGCUGAAGAGUUUAACUUUGGAGCAGGGUGCUUUGUUGAGAGAUGCCCUUCAGGUACACAAACGGCUUUCUCCUGAAGGAAUAAAACCUUUACAUGCUCAUAUGGAGCAUCGGUUUGUUAAACUGUGUGAUUGCAUUGAAGAGGAAUGUGGUUUGCGGAUUGCAGAGAAAGAUAUCACCAAUGCCAUGAGAAGAAAUCAAUCUUCUUUAUCAAUGUCCUCUUCUCCAAGAUACAGUAAUAGUUCAAUAGUAGCUAUAGCUGAGACAAGUUCACAUACUUUAAACCACAUGCCUUCUCCAAUUACCAAAAGUAACACUGCUCUCCGGUCGCGUUCGAUUUCCUGCGCUUCAGUAGCUGGUGUCGUAGCAGAAUGUGCAAAUGGUUUCCCAUUAAAAAGCAAAAACCGGCGCACAUCUCAACUGCCUGAUGCCAGUAACAUUGCAUCAAGUAGCCAACGUAAUUCUGUGGAGCAGCGCUUAGAACUUAAUGAGCAGCUAACACCCAAACGCCCUCUACGACCUGACUCUGAACGCAGAAAUAGCCGACCAGCGAGCAGCCAGUUCCACCCUGAUCAAACUCUCUCAGUUUUUCAUGCCAGUGCUUCAAGCCUUUGUUCUAACAUCUCAAAUACGUUAGAAACACCCGAAUCAACCAGCGAUGAUUCUGAUUUCUAUGGCGAACCACCGCCGCUCCCGGAAAAGCUAACAUUUGCUGACUACACAAAUACUAUGGGAGAGGACUCACAAAUCGUUUCCCAUCGUCUAAUCACUACAGUUGGACCUAAAAACAAACCACCUCCUCCAAUCCCAGUUGAAGAAGAAAUACCACCUGUACCUAGAAAGCCACCACUUCCACGAUAACAUCAACAGACUUGCUCAAAGAUUUAUGACUAUGCUCUCAUCAUUUUGCAAGCAACAACAUUGUUUAUUUUUGCUGCUCUUGCCAGCAAGUGAAUUAGAGGAGAACAGAUUACUUUGGCAGUGCCAGAUUUACACUAAGUUACUCUUAAGACUAAAUGAAAUCAACAAAGCUAGACUAAAAUAAAAUCUCAUGAAAGAAAAACGUUAUGGCAAUAUUUUUCCCCUCCAUAACAUCAAAAUAUAAACCCAUGCACAUUUCACAUUUAUUUUUUUUCUCUUAUGCAUUUAAGUUUUUAUAAUUUCCUCUUCAAAUUUUAUCUAUAAAACUAAACAGAAAUAAUCUUUUGGAGGGAACGAACAUAUUUCAACUAUCUCUUGAACAAAUUUUAUAUAAAUUUAAUUUUUUUUUUCCUGUUCAACAGUUGGAAGUUACCUCCAUUUCUAUAUGUUGACAUUUUGGAGUAUUCCUCACUCCAUCUAAUAACAACACUAUUCAACGCUGGUUAUUUUCCUCCUUCCCCUACCUUAUUGAUAUCCUUGCCAGGGAUAUAACUCAACUGCUGGCAGCUGGCAAAUAGAUUUUGCUGUACGGAGACUAUUUUUAACAUUUUUAUUUUAAUCAUUUAUUUUUUAAAUGUCCAUCAAAGACAAUUUUACUCAUUCGUUGUGAUGGAAUUCGAUUCAUAUUUUCUAUUAGUUAUCCAUAUGUCCUGCAUAUUUUUAACAUUUAUAACUCUUAAGUAAUCAGUUUUAAGUAAAUCAAAUUGCACAUAAAUACAUCUGUAUUAUACUUAAACCUGACUACUCAAUGUGCAUUUGUAUCUUGUGAGUUACAAGAAAUUCUUUUUUAUGAGGUUCCCGCAAGGAAUAUAUUCUAGACAUAAAGUUAUAUAUCCCUCUCUUUUUAUCUGAAAAAUAUUCUAUAUUGAUUACUUUUCACUGAAAGUAACUGAGCAUAUAUACAUUCUUGAAAGUGCAUCUUUUCUGCCUUCAUUACACUUCCAUGUAUCAUAGUUGUGAAAUAUAUUACAGUCUUUGAGAACGCAUGACUGUAUAUUUGUUAAGUGCUAUUCAUGUUUACUUGUUAUGUAAUCGAAACAUAUGAAAGAAUUUUAUGAAUGAAAGGUUGAACCGAGAAUCUCAUAUCUGAAUAUAAACACAAUUGAAACUGCUGUUUUCUCAUUCAUACAUACACAAAACACACAACUCCAUCUCCCAACUUAAAUGAUUAGGUAGGUACACACAUAUACACACAAAUGCAACAACACUGGUUCAAAUUCUCUGUUUUACUGUGUGAAUAUUUAUAUGAAAUAUAACUUUAUUUAUGAUUUCACUGUUUAUUUUGAACAAUAGAUGUCAGGUGCUAAAUGAAUCACAAAAUACUGCUUUAAACUUUCUAAUUUAAGACUAUGGAAAUUGUUAGCAACCUGAAGAUUUUGGACAGUUUCCAGUUUUCUUUCUUUAUACUUAAAAGGAUUUUUUUUUUGCUUCUUUUUUAAUUCUUCACUGAAAUACAUAAUUUACUGAAUUAAGUUAUCAAAUCUACAACUACUAAUUUAUAUAUAUAAUAUACACACACACACACAUAUAUGCACAUAUAGCCUUUUGUAUUCAUUUCUGUUAUUAUUGUUUUGUAAUAUAUGUGAAAAUCCUUCAUCAUGCAUCUAUUAUCUUGUCAUUGAUUGAAGCAGAUUACCAAUAAAUAUGUCAUAGAGUACAGCAAAAUACUUUCCUUGUUUAAGGGUUUUUACUGUCAUCACAAAACAAUAAUAUAGCUGAAGUGAAGGCUUUAGUAUAAUGCAAUUAUUUUAAUAUUAACACACAGUUCCAAGUGAAAUCACGAACCAAGCAAGUGUAACCAAGAAGUACACAUCACCAUCAUCAUCAGUUUUAUGCCCAUUUUACCAAACUGGAUUAUAAGUGUGUAUUGUACGUGUGUGUGUGUGUGUGUGUUUGCAUAAAGCAGAAGCUGUAACAAUAUUUUUAAAGAUUAAAGAUCUUAAUUCAUUCUUACUCAGUAUUUCAGUUUCACAGAUCAUAAUCAUGAAAUGAAACUGAGCAUUUAAGCAGGUUUUUAAAUUCAUAUAUAUAUAUAUAUGUAUAAUAAUUUCAUUUGGGCGUUGACCCUUGAGUUUACCCUAUUAUCCAUGGGUCCAUGUUAUCAGACAGACAGUAAUGCAGAGAUUGUUUGUUUUAUCAAACACAUUCUUAAAAAUCCACACAUAUCCAGAGUUUUUACAAUUAUAAACAAAAAGAGGCAAGUCCUUUUAUUACAUUAAUUUACACAAUUGUUUCAUCUGAAUUCAAUCUCAUGAAUAUUGCUUUAUUUGCAAGUAACUUUAUGCAUAAUAUAACAAUAUUCAUGAGAUUGGAACAGUUGCAAAUUAAUGUAAUAAAAGGAUUAGCUCAUUCCAUUUUCCUUUUUUAUACAUACAUACAGAUAUAUAUAUAUAUAUAUACAUACAUACAUAUAUAUAUAUAUAUGUAUAUAUAUAUAUAUAUAUACACACACACACACACAUUUGUGUAGAAUAAAAACUGUCUUGAGGUAAAUUUUAGAUAUAUUAUUGUGGGUAGAAUUUUGUAACUUAAUUUGAGAGAAGAAAACUACAGGUCUCCUGGUUUUACUAGUAAGGAAUAAAUAUGCUUUGUGAUUUCUGUAAGUUAGCACAUGAUUAUUUUUUUUAUCUCAAAUUGUUGUUUACAAAAAUAUUUUUAAUGUUAUAAUUGUAGCUAACCAUUAUAUUAAAUAAAAAUAGACAUUAUGUAUAGUCUAUUUUUAUUUCCAAAUCAAGCAAGCUUAGUAGACUUCUAAGUUUCUAGUUACCAUUAAGUCAAUGUAAGUCUGAAAAAAUUAAGGAAUUUUCUUGUAAUUUUUUUUUUCAUACCUCUAGAAAUUUUAGAAUAAUCUUUUUAAUCCCAUAUAUCUUCAUCUUUAGAUUCACCUAUGAUUAACGUUUUUAAUAAAAAUUUUGUUUUGAGAAGCUCUGUCUCCAUCAAGACAGAAUGCUAGCAAUUCUGUCAAGAUGGUUUCUUAACUAAGGAAGUUGAGGUUGGAUUGCAAUGUUCAACUGCUAAACAGACUGUCAAAAUUGUUAUUACCUCUCUACACAAACACAUACAUAUGGCACAUAAAUCAUCAUUCGUAGAGAGCUGAAAGAUUAAAAUGACUGUUGUGAAAUUGGAACCACAGAAACAGACCCUAAAUUUCUGACCUGCAAGUGUAUGUGUGUGUGUGUGUGUGCUAAAGCAAGCUGUAUGUUAUGUGGUCUGGUAUUUUUUGCGAUAGAAAAUGUUGCAUUUCACCAGAUGUAUGUUUUUGAUUGAUGUUAAAUUUUUUAUAGCAGCUAUUUUAUUUCAUUAGUUUCUAAUGCUCUUGAAAGAGACACAAACAUCAUAAUUCCUAGUUUAUCUUCUGUAUUAUGCCUGUGAUGAAGAAAAUAAUCUGAUGUCUGUUGCAACUUCCAAAUUUCUCUAAUCACUUGCAGUCAUUUAAUGAUCAAUAAACUAUUGGUGGAAGUCAUCUCACCACACACACACCCAUUGCUGUACCUAUCUGAUUGCCACACACACGUCUCCCAAACAAAUUUUUUUUUCCUGAUGAAUUGUUAAUUGGAUGUAUUUAGUGCAUGUAAUCUUCAGUUUGAAUUGCAGUUAGAGAGGGGAAUAAUAGACCUUGACAGUGUUUGGUUACAUGCCUUCACAUUCAUUGGUCAAAUCCUGUGCAGGUUUAAAUAAAAUAACCACCAGUUAAGUAAUGGGAUCAAUAUAAUUGACUAUAUCCCUGAAAGUAAUGCUCCAGCUUGGCAGCAACCCAAUAAAUAAAGUCAGUAAAAGAAUACAUUCAUUUGUUAUCAGGGUCAGCUUGAUCAAUGAUAUUUCUGCUGUUUACAGAAUGAUAAAGUUAAAACUGCAUACACAAGACCUUACCAGGUGUGUUUUUGAUAUGUAGACUGCUUCCUUGACAUAGUUUCCCUCAGCCAUAUUGUUGAUAUACAUAAUCAGUAUCACUACAUUCCCUCUAUACAUAUAUUACUCUAAAUCUUGCCACCUCAAUAUAAUAUGCUUUGGUGCAGAGGUCUAAUAAGUUUGAAAUGUAUCUGUUGCUUUCAUAGUUUACUUUAAAGACAUGAUCCAUUCCUAUGUGCAUUGUCUUUAAUUAUCAAAACAUUUAUCUCCCCCAUUUUCAAGAUUUUUAAGCAUUCCUAGGAGUUUUUGUCUAUUGACUGCUUGAAUUAUUUCAGUUGAAAUUUUGUAACUCACUAUAUUAUAUGGGAGACCCCACUAAAUUAGUACAUGAUUGUAUAUAGCCAAGGAAUUUUGGCAGAUCUUUAAACAAUAGCGAUUUUUUUUAUUGAUACAUUUAGCUAAAGCUAUAUGUCUCAAUGUGUGCUUGACUCCAGUAAUUUACUUGGUUGUAGGCAAACCGUUUUUCACAUUGUAGUGUAUCUAGGCAAGUUAGUUUAGUGAAACCCAUCUCAUUUUCCCUCCCCACUUUUCAAAUAAAUUUAUAGUCACUGUAGUUAUAGGAGUUCAGCAAUGCAAGUUAAAAAACAUUCUUAGCACUUAAACAUUGCUUGCAUUAUUUAAAAACAUAAAACUAGCUGUACUACUUCAUAGAAUCUAUUUUGGAGUAAUUGAUUUUUUUAAUAUUUUAUUUUUAUAUCUUCCAUUAGUGAACAAUAGUAUUGUUAGUUAUAGGUUUCUAAUGAGCCAAUCAUUGGUUCACUGUACAGUAUUGGCAAAUGUCAUGUGGACUAGCUUCCUUAUUUCCUUAACCACUUGCUACUUUUUUUAAAGAUAUAGUUAUGUUCUGUGAACCUUUUAUUGCUAAAUUUCCUGAAAUAAAUGCAAAAAGACAAUUCAGUUUUUGAAACAACAAGCAAUCAAGUGGUCUAAGAGGUUUGCUUCACAAUCAUGUGGUCCUCAGUUCAAUCCCACUGUGUAGCACUUUGAGCAAGUGUCUUUUACUAUUGCCUUGGAUCAAGCCAAGCUUUGUAAAUGAUUUUGCGUAAAUUGAAACUGUCUGAUGGGCUGUACUUGUAAUGGCAGCUUUCUCACUCACUGUACUAUGCUGAUUCUGGCUCAGAGUCACCUUAAAAAAAGUACAAGUAUGUCUGGAAUACUCAGCCACUUAAACUAUAAUGAUUCUUUUGUUUUCCCUCUCAUCUACAAACAUAUUUUGUCCAGCGUUUUCAUGCAAAUCUAUGAUUAAAGACAUUCCAGCCAUGACCAUCCCAUCUUUUCAGACAUUGUUUAUCUUAUAUGUCAUUUUCUACUAUAUUCUUCCUUUUCCUAAGGAUAGUAGAGUGUGAUCCAAAAGAGAUUUAACUGCUAUUUCUUGUUUGUCAAGCAACAACAAACAUGCUUUCUCACUGACUUUGAUGGUGAUGAUCUAGUAAAAUAGAAAUAUUUAAUGUAAUCAAUGUGAAGUUUGGCUAAACAUAGGAAUUCUAAUAAAUUGAAUUUUUUUGACAUCCAUUUUUCCUGUUGAUAAUGUUCAACUCUUAAUCUUUUCAUUUUACAAAUUUAUUAUUAUUAAGAAUCUAAGCAGUUGGCCUACUUAUCCUUUUUCUUUUCUCCUGAGUGUGAAACCUUCUAUCUGCUCUGGUUGUCUCUCUGUAUGAAUGCUAACUAUAUUUUGCACAGUCAUUCCACUGUUUAUCAUGUGCUGUGUUAUAUUCACACUCUGUUAAUGUGCAACCAAAUAUUCUGUCUGAAUGUAGUACACAUUUUUUCUAACAUGUCAUUUCAGUACUGUACUGCUUUGUAGUUAUCUAUUUUAUUGUAUUGUGUCUAGUUACUAUGCUUGCCUUUUUAAUCACAUUUUCUGUUCAGCAUUACUAAUAUAAGGUGGGUUGACCAAAUGCUGUCCACACUUGCAAUAUAUGAUGUUCUGAAGUGUGAUAUUGUGAUAUAAUUUCUCUUGUUUUCAUUCUAAAACAAAAGAAAACUCGUGAUUCACAUGUGUGCAAAGUGCACUUAUUUCCAAUUGAUUUGAAUUUCUAUGGAAAUUUCCAAUGCCUUCAUAGUUCAAAAAGAUCAAUAUGAAUAAGUAUAAUUAACAGAGAAUUUUUUACUUUAAAGAUUAAAUGUAAAGAUGACUAAAUUGAUAAGAUGCUGAAUAACCAGUCAAUCAAAAAAAUCAGAGGUUCAUUUUGUGUUGAUGCUAAUGACUUUGACUAUGUCCAUUGAAUUCUGAGUAUGUAUGGCAGUGUAAUAUAACUCAUUAUUAUAAGCUGCAGCUAAAUUGUAAAAUUAGUGAUUCGUUGUCUCAUAGUGCUGUGGGGAAAGUACCUGCAAAUAUACUAGCAUCUUGUAUAUGGUCACAUUUCUUUCACCCACUUCAUACCAAGAAGCCAGAAAUUAGUACUGGCCUACUAGAUUGAAAAAGUUGGUUAAAGCACAUAAUUCUGCUGGACUGAUAACUUCCACUCUUACCAGUUGAGUGGAGAAAAGAAAGAAAUAUAUCUUAUUACAAAAAAUAUAUAUAUGUAUAAAUAAAUAAAAUUAGAAUUUUAAAAAUGAAAAAUUAAAUACAAUUGCUACAACAAAGCAUGUCACUCACACUAGCAGAGAAAUAUGUAAAACAAUAAAAAAUAUUUUUAAACCAUUAAAUAGGUGGAACUGAAGGUGUCAGUUAAUAUUUUCGUUGGCUUAGGCUGUAUUUUUUUUUUUACUUUCAAAUUCUAGUAAAAAGAAGUUGUUUUUGUUUUAAUUGUAUCAACACAAAAGGUCUGACUAACCGAGAAGAGGUCAGUAAAAUAGCCAAAAAGUGAAUCCUAAGUCCCAAUACCUGGUGACUCAACAGUGCCAAUAAUAAAUCUGAGUUAUAUUUUCAUUAUGAAUGUUAGUGAAUUCGAACUUGAAAUAUACUUUCAACUUCUAUUUCUUGUUAUGUCUGACAAUCUGUAAAGUAUAUUCUUUUAAAGUUACUAGAAUUUUUUUUCCACACCAGAAAACGGAAGAAUUGUGUUUUUCAGCACUUUGUGUGAAAUUAAUUUAUUCUACCAGAUAUCAUUUUACUAUCUGUCUGUAUAAAAUUAAGGCUAUAAUGGUUUCUGUUAAAAAUAUAAGCCUAUUAAAACUGUUUUCUAUUCA